AUGCUUCUCUCAGCACUUGUAACAACUCUUUUCCUUCCAUUGACAUUAGGAUUCUCAUUCUCGCUACAAAACACAAGCCCAGCACAAUGUAGCUCGGAGAACAUAACAUGGACAGGGGGACAAACACCUUUCAGCCUUACUAUUAUUCCGGCAUUCGAUUACCCAACGACGAUUUCAGUCCCAGAUUCGAAUUAUGAUAGCUCAUCAGGAAAAGGAAGUUACUCAUGGACAGUCAAUUAUCCUUCCGAUACACAAUUCGUAGUUAUGAUGUCCGAUGGCUCAGGAACUGGUACUGGCGGCGUCUCUCCUCUGUAUAAAGUACAAUCUUCCUCAUCUUCUUCUUCAUGCAAUUUGAGAUCAGAAAAGACAGAUUUCCUAUUCUACUUGAACGAAACAUCUCUCACUCAAUGCGACCCGGUUCAAAUCUACUGGGACAAUUCAGCAGUCACUCCUGUAUCGAUCCUUGGUGCAAUUCCCGGUGGUCAAGUCUUCCAACUAGUAUCUGCUAAUGACAAGACUAGCUCAUUGGUAUGGAACACCAAUAUCGCCUCUUCUACCCAAAUUAUCAUAGCAGCCUUUGAUUCUGGCGAAUAUGGCAAUGGUGGUUCAUCAGCUCUGAUGACAAUUGGUUCUUCUUCCGACAAUACGUGUAUCAACGAUGCGUCCCCUUCUUCCACCACUGCUGGAACCCCAACCUCAACCGGCACGAAGACAGGAAGUGUUGGAGGGGUGAAAACGGUAACGUCCAUCACGACGCAGACGGCUAUUCCAAAGGGUGCUGCCGGCCUAUCAACGGGUGCUUUAGUGGGCAUAGUUGUUUCUGCCGUUCUAGUGGUCAUCGCGUUACAAGGUGCUCUGUUAUGGUUCUGCUGUCGACGCCAAAUUCGAUCAUUGAUCUAUCAUCGAAGGGAGAUGAGGGGUCAAGAAGUGAAGCCUGGUGGUGAAGUAGAUUUGGGAUUAGCGUCUAGGAAUUCUGGAUCUUACGAGGAAGAGGAUCCCUAUGCUGCUUUAGGAACAGGAACAGGAGCUAGAACUAGAUCAUCAAGAUAUUCAAUGAGUAGAAGUAGAUCAAGGGACGAUGCUGCAAGCUCAGUAUCACCUUUCCUGGGUUUGGGUAAUACUACUCCACCAACAAACCUGAACAAUCAAAAUGCUCCUACAUUAGAUCUGGACCUAGAUCCACCAAUCAGAGGAACUGGAAUUGGAACUCAUGGUCACGGUAGAAAUGAUUCAUUCGCAUUAUCAAUUGGACAAUCAUUGAAUGAUAUGGACCUAACACCUUCACCUUCUUUAUCAAAUAAUGGAUACUCAUCUAGCUCACCUCUAUUCCCUUCACAUCACUACCCGUCGACAACCUCAAGAUCCAAUAAUGGGAAUAGCAAUGGUACAAUGACAAAAGCUCAGAUGGCAGCUAGUUUAUCGGCGUCAAACCCAGACCCAACAUAUUCUCAAUUUGGCGAUACUAGAUUACCACCACAAGAUGCUCCUUCGGGUGGAUUCAGAAGACAUGAAGAUGCCGGACCUAUGCAAAGAUCAAAUGAGGAAGAAGAACCACCAGCAGAAGUCGAAGAUUUACCUCCUUUAUACAAACCUGAAUGGGAAACUGACUCACAAAGAGGGAAUGAGCGAUGA